AUGGGCUGGAAUGUAAAUACUGCAGAAAUCAUUUUACCAUUUCAGGUUCCAGGAGUAGAAAUGUAUCCAUAUGGCAAGGAAGUUUGGAUGGGCUCACUCUAUGUACUGAUGUGUCUAGCCGCUAUGAUCCAUCAAUCUGCAGGACUGAAUUUCACACUUGAUUGCAAUUUGUCCACUAUGAAAGAAGAGGUACAAAAGGAAAUCCUUGAUUGCCACAAUAAUAUAAGAAGAUCAGUGAUCCCAACAGCUAGCAAUAUGCUGAAAAUGGAAUGGAGUCAUGAAGCUGCUUCAGAUGCUCAAAGAUGGGCAAAUAAAUGCACCUUGAAAGUCAGUGAAUUUUCUAAUAGAACAACUGGUGAUACAGUAUGUAGUGAAAAUGUAUUUGCAUCAAGCUUGUCUGUCUGCUGGAAAGAUGUCAUCCUUGCUUGGAAACUACAGAAAAAGAAUUUUAUUUAUGGAGUAGGGGCCAUCAACCAAAAAAGUCAUUAUCUUGCUUACAUUCAGAUGAUCUUUUAUAGAACUUAUAAAAUUGGAUGUGGUGUUUCCUAUUGCCCAAACAAUAUAUAUAAGUACUUUUACGUGUGCCAAUACUGUCCAGCAAGGAAUGAAGUUACUUCAUUAGCAACACCCUACAAGAAAGGUGAAAGAUGUGCUGAUUGCCCUUAUUCUUGCUAUAAUGGACUCUGUACCAAUCCUUGUCAAUAUGAAGAUAAAUAUUCAAAUUGUCAACAGCUGAAAGAUAAGCUUACUUGUGACUUCAUACCAGUCAAGCUUCACUGUAAAGCUACAUGCAUGUGUACCAGUGAAAUAAAAUAGAUUUGCUUCCCAAUUUCUCUCAACUGUGAGAAAAUUAUUUUAGAGCUCAGACUACAUAAUACCACUCUCAUUGUAUUUCCAAUGUGUAUAAUU